ACGAAUUCAGUCUCUCCCGCCCAGAACCAGAAGAAGAGAUGUUCUUUGGAUGUGUGUGUGUGCGCGUCUGCUUGGCUGUCGUUUGAAUUGUGAGAAAUUGAUUUGGUAGGAAAAUGGAGAAGCACCAAGAGGAUCUUGAUCUGCUUCUGUCUCUUGACGAUAGGGUUCUCGAAACUCCUCCCGGUUCUCCUUCUGCUCCACCCGUGUAUCUGACGGAUGAAGAAUCCCCAAAACGUAGGGGUCACGCGGACUUGUCUGACUUCAGAAGUGUUGUGCAAGAUUGCCUUGACUACGUCCCUAAACAACUCGCCGCCAAAACUACUAAACUUAAAGGCUCCAAUAGCUCCAAUCUCAACAACGACAUUGAAAAGUUUUCUGGCCUGCGCUUAAGGAAUCAAUUACUUAGCCCUGCAGAGAUAAGUGAUCUGUUUUCAGAUAUUCGUUUCGUUCGAUUGCCGACUAUCAAGAACUUGCUAGUGGGUGACAAACUCUCUGGUUGCUGGGCGACAAUGGGAGUGCUAACAGAGAAAGGGCAACCCAAAACAAGCUCAAUAGGUCAGCCUUAUGCCAUUUGGAAAUUCGGUAGCUUGAACGAAAACACUGUCUCCUUGUUCUUGUUCGGUGAUGCUUACAAGAAGAACGAGUCGGAGAAGGCAGGAACCGUUUUCGGUCUGUUUAAUUGCUCAGUUCGCAAUGACAAAGUGGGACGUGACUUCUCAUUGAGUGUCAACUCCGCUAAACAAAUGGUAAAACUAGGAGUUUCGGCUGAUUAUGGAGUCUGCACAGCCAAGCGGAAAGAUGGAACAACUUGUACAUCUGUUGUUAACAAACGCCAAGGAGCAUUCUGCAAGAUUCAUAAACUGAAUGCAUCAGACAGAUUUGCUACAGCGAGAACUGAACUCAAAGGCGGGAACUUGAGAAGGGCUUUCAGAGAUCAAAGAUCCCAAGGGAUUUACACAGUUGAGCCACCAGCAGAUAGGAGCGGAAACAAAAAGGCAACUCAGCCUGUCCGAGUACUAUCUGUGGAAGGUCUCCGAAAGGCUCUAAGUACCGCAGAUAAAGUGACGCCUAACGUACACUCACAAGGAAUACGUUUCCUGAACGAGAUGGCCAGACAAACGGCUUUGAAGAGCGUUAACAAGAAAUCUGAAGCUGUGGAAAAGUCUGUAGAGAAGAGGAAAGCAUCGGCAAAAGAAACGCAAGUAAAGGGGGAGCCGAAGAGAAAGAGAAGAGAUCACGGCCCUGAUACGAGCGAAGCUCCCACCGGAAAAAUGAUGGUCCUCGAUUUUUGCAGCUCUGACGAAGAAUAAGAGUCCUCAACAUUGUCAAGCACAAGCAGUUGUUCUCAGGCCUUCAAAUUUGGGUCUUACGAUAUAUACAUCUUUGUUGUUCUCAGUCCUAAACCGGCAAAACAAUAACUAGUUAUACAAGAGAAGUUACGUUUUUAAACAAUACGAGUGUUCGUUUUAAAACACUAGUUAAGUUGAAAGACAUCAAACGGCAUACACACUUGUUUUAUCAAAUAAUAUACAUGGGGAGUUAUAAGCACAAUCAAAAUUAUUGAAGCAACAUGAGUAAAGCAAAAAAGAAGCAACAUUGAACUACAUAUCAAAACCAAUAUCAUUGAGGCACAAUGAAUAAAGCAAAAAGAACGAAAUCUUGGUUGCAGCAAGAAAAGAAAGAAACAAUGAAGGAAGUAAUUAGUUAUGAUUGCAAUAUAAGAGAGGGAGGGAGGCUAAGUAGUGGGCAUUGUCCUCCUCCCAUUGCUGGAUCCCCGCCUCCACACGUGAGAGCUCCUCCGCCGCUAUCUCCGCCUCUACCGAUAUUCUCCGCACUUGCUCCUUUAGCUCCACAAACCCCUCCACGUCCUCUCCUCUUAUCAUCCCUCUCUUGCUUUGCACACGGUAGGUCUCGUGGGCCUUGUCGGCUCUAGCCUUGGCGUCUUUGGCGGUUUCUUGGACGACAAGGUAGGUCUCGUGGAGUUGGUCGGCGACAGAUUUCACGUCCUUGUUGAAAUAUUGUCUCGAAGAUCUGAUAUCCUCGUCGACUUUAGAUCUCAGGUCAUCUAGGAGCUCUGCCAGGAUGCUGUCUCUCUGAGUUGCAAGCUCUGGGCACUUCACAACAUCCGCAUUAUAUGUCUUGCCAUCAUCACGUCGAAGAGUUUCAAGACCUGAGUGGAUCAUGUGCUCCAUAUCUGUCAUCAUCUUCUUCCCAUCUUCCACUAGCUCCUUAAGUUCCUUGCUCACAUCACCUUCAUCGGUGGAAGUCGGAGCCGGAGGAGGAUGAGAUCUAAGGAGGUGGUCGGCGAUGUAAAUGGAGUGGACCACGAGGGAGAGGAAAACGGUGAGGCGCCAAAGGAAGGCGAGCUCAAAUCCUUUAGCCAACAGUUUAGAGUACUCAAGGCCUAAGUAAAACGUGGAGCGGUCCAAUAGAAACAGCCAGAAUCCUCCAAUACCAGAUGGUCCAACGGAAGAGAGAUGAGGACAGAAGAAUAAGAAGAAGGGUAAUGCCAAAAGAGUAGUGGAGAGAAUGAGAGGGACGAUGAGAAGUGUCAAAUAUGUUGGGAACACCAAAACUAGAAUUAGAAACAAACGCUCUAUCCAAAACAAAAGACUACUUAUUUCUCUUCUCCACUCAUCCCUUCCUGCUUCAUAUUCAACACCACUCAUCUUCUAAUUAUUACUCUGUUUGUUCUCG